AUGUUCUGGAAUUCAACUCAAGAGAAGGCAUUCGAAGAUAAAUCUGACGAAUCCAUUGAGGAAUUGUCUCAUGACGACAACCAGCAAAUUAUCGUUGCGCAGCCCGCACAGGGUCGAACAUUACUCCCCGGUCCAGCCGCCGCCCUUGUGAGUGGUGUCACCGGCAUCACAUCCUUCUAUGUCAGGGCAGGCACCAAGGUUGGAGGUUGGGGUCUCUAUGCUGGUAGAGAAGCUACUUUGAAGACCCUCUCCGUAGGAAGAAGUGUACUGGAAACAGUUCUCAUCGCCGCCGGAAGGGACCUAUCGACUCGCAGCAAUGGAGACUUGGGGAGGGCGGAAGCAGAGAAUAUACUCGAGAAAAGUAUAGCGGCACUUUACUCAUCUAUUUCAACCAUUUCUUUCGUGGCUUCCACAAGUUUCUAUCUGACCGAGGUGGGCAUGAACUCGGUCUCGGCCCUGUCAAUCCAAGGAUUGUCAACCCUCAACGCUAUUCUCGGCUCCACGGAAUCAUCUCGUGCUGUGGCCGCCAUCAUUACCUUGGCAAAAGAUGAACUCAACAAGCCCGAAGCUGGGUCGGCCGGUGAGGUCGUCUCCUACCUAGACCUUAUCAUGGGCACUGUGGGAUUUGUUAUGCUCCAGCGAUGGGGUCGACGUAAGACAGAACUCGAUUUUAGAGACCGUGGUGGUGAAGAGACAAUCUGGGAUUCGGUCAUAGAUGACAAAGGCUUUCGCGCCGAUGUUGUUGGGACCAGGCGAAAGGGUAUGAUUAGCUUGCAUGGCAAUACUGGAGCUCCUACCGUCACCUUCGCGUCUCCCAAUGGUGAGGACGCUUUCGAGGCUUUUGAGCGUGGCACACUGUUCGACCCGCAAACUCUCGCGACUUCGCCUGAUCAUUCGAUUCAAUUGACUGAUGAAGAAAUUCGGGAACGCAUCACCCGGCAACUCCCACCUGGUGCCAGAGCAGUAUUCACUUCCGAGACUGUGACAGCAAAGACCAUCAAGGUGGAUAUCUACAAUGCACGGAAUGCCCAGAUCGAGGCACCCCCAGGUACCAUCAUGGUGUCUGAAAGGCUGAAUCAAGGCGAAGAUCUCCCGAGCUUGACGCAAGAUGGACCCCAGCAGACAGUCAUUUUUCGAACAGCUCUGCGGAGAUCCAGCAGUACCGAUAUCGCCCCGACAGACCAUCUUCGCCUCACUAGUAACGAUGUGGAUCAGAGCGAUCGCCCUGAUCAUCAUGAUCAAGAAGAUCUCUUGAUGAUGGAUGCCGCUCCCAAGAGAAUAUCAAUAGCGGACGAGCCUGUUGAGAUCGAACCCCUCCCAUUUAGUGACUCUGAUCCGGAACCUGAAAUCAUCGGUUCAGCCUCUCCGCCUACGCCUCUCACCACCACCAAAUCUCUCGGACCAACUGCGAAUGAGAAGAAAAGUCGACGGCCUAAUCCACCUGAGCGGUCAUCAUCCUCUACAAGCAAAAUUACAAGUCAUAUUCCGCUGAUGAAGAAUAGCAAAAAGAAAUCUAUACCAGCUAAUAAAUCCGAAAAGAAUGGUGUUCUAAAGAAAGCACUCAAGUCUUUAAGUCCCAGUCAAUCUACUACUGCUGUCAAAGACAUACCACGUAGAAAUCUUCAGCAAAAGCCUCUACCAACGCCACCAACUCAAAGUUCAAGAAGUCGCGCUCCUUCAACUGUGCGAAGUGACCUUACUCCGCGCAAGACUUUGAUUUCACUCAGCCAUGGAACCACCCCCCUCACCAGUCCAAGUCUGCAUCGCGCCGCACAACACGAAUCAUCAUCAAGCUAUUUUUCAUUGCAUGAUAGAAGAAGAGAUUCUACUGUCUCACAGACAACCGAGACAUAUUCCGUGCAAUCCAUAGAGAGCAGACCUGGUUCACCUACUUUCACUCGUACGCAUACGCGCAUUGUUAGUGGCUUAACACAGACAAGAUCCGAGCUUGCACUUUCCUUGCAAGGCAUAGAAGCAAAGCCCGAAUCUUCCACCAACACAACACACCAUCAUAGGUCUCGGUCGUUCGUUCCAAGUCUUUAUUCUAUGGCUACGAAAGACUCUCAUGAAGCCAUUCUCCUGGCUCCCAAAACUCCCUUACCACGAAAAUCUAUCUACGAUGACCACAACAUCCUGAACGCCCUCAUAACCGAAGGCAAAGCUCCAGGAAUUUUCCCCGAUCGCCACCUCGUUCGGACUAUUCGGCGGUUCUCCAGAUUUGCAUCUGCUUCCUACGGCUCGAACUUCCUUCGCGUUAUGGGUCUGAGUUCAACUGAAGAGCAGUUGAGCAAAUCUACAGAAUUAAUGACCUUAGAUACGCAUCACGAACACAGCUCCUUCUCGACUCACACUGGUCUACCUCCAGAUACCAUCCUUUUGUCUUCCUUCUUCGAUCCUCAAGGUGUGACUGGUAACACCGACUGGUCUCCAUCUGCGAUAUCUCCUCUCAUACAUUUCAUAUCCAUUGAUGACGAUUCUAAAGCUGUUGUUCUCACUUGCCGUGGCACGUUAGGGUUUGAAGAUGUGUUGACUGAUAUGACUUGCGACUAUGACGACCUGUUUUGGCAAGGUCAGAGGUAUAAAGUUCACAAGGGCAUCCAUGCAUCUGCAAGACGAUUAUUGGGUGGAAAUGGAAGUCGUGUCAUGGCAACCAUUCGAGCUACACUAGAGCAAUAUCCAGAUUAUGGUCUAGUUUUGUGUGGACAUUCAUUAGGGGGCGCCGUUGCAGCUGUCCUUGCUAUCUUGGUGUCGGAACCUUCCAAUGACACGUCAAAGUCAGCAUUCGUUACUGCCGAUAAACCGAAACUUCUGACCCAUCGAAACACUGGUGACUACACUAGUUCCUAUAUCCCACCGAUUAGUCUACCCUCUGGCAGACCUAUUCACGUCUAUGCCUAUGGCACCCCAGCAUGUGUGUCUGAACUCCUUAGAGUUGCAACACGUGGUCUUAUUACAACUAUUGUCAAUCAUGCUGAUAUCGUCCCAUGCUUGUCUUUGGGUAUCCUGCAUGACUUUCGGACCGUGGCUUUGCACCUUAAAACAGAUACUACCGAUGCUUUGGGUGCACUGAAGACGAGAGUUUGGCAGCGCAUUAAAAAUGCGAUUGCGUCCUCCUUUUACAAUGACCCUAAAGGCCCUCCUCCACCGGAAAACUUGGCUGGUGAUGGUAUAGGAGAAGAUACUUGGGCAUGGUCAGCACUCAAAACUCUUCGCGCGGCAAUGGUGAACGAUAAACUCGUUCCGCCUGGAGAGAUUUUCAUUGUGGAGACCUCUCGGGUCUUUGAUCGCCUGGAUCCUGACGUUGCUCGCGAAGCAGUCUUUGGUCCUGAUGAUACCAAGGAUGACCGGACGGAAAAACUUUAUCGAGCCUUGGGCAGACCCGCUACCAGAGUUCAAUUGAAACUCGUUCGUGAUGUUGAGACCAGAUUUGGAGAACUGAGAUUUGGUAGGGAUAUGUUUGGCGAUCACAGUCCAGGAAGAUAUGAGGCCGCUUUAGCGGCAUUGGAGAACGGCAUAUGUGAGUACUAA